AUGGUCCCAAAACCCAUCAUUGUAACUACACCACCCUCAUCAUCACCCUCAAUAACCCCACCUCUCCCUCUCAGAAACAUCUCCACCGUUCAAACCCAACAAAACCCCCCACAAACCCUUAACACCACCACCACUACCGCACCACCACCGCCACAACCAACAAUAAUAACUACCCCUCCCUCCAGAACAACCAAACCAUCACCCUCAAAACUCCCCCCUAGAAGAAGAGCUUCCGAGUUGUCGCUGCCAGGGUUCAUCUUCAACGCAUUCGAUGACGUCAUCAACAACUUCAUCGACCCUCCAUUGAAGCCUUCAGUGGACCCAAAACACGUCCUCUCUCACAACUUCGCACCGGUAGACGAGCUUCCACCAACUCAAUGCGACAUAGUCGAGGGCUCUCUUCCGCCCUGCCUGGACGGCGCGUACAUCAGAAACGGUCCCAACCCACAGUUUCUCCCGAAGGGACCGUACCACCUCUUCGACGGCGACGGCAUGCUCCACGCCAUUCGCAUCAAAGAAGGCAAAGCCACACUCUGCAGCCGCUACGUCAAGACCUACAAGUACACCAUAGAGAACGAAGCAGGUCAACCUCUCAUCCCCAACGUGUUCUCCGGCUUCAACACACUAAUGGGCUCGGCGGCGCGUGGCUCCCUCACGGCGGCGCGUGUGCUGAGUGGACAGUACAACCCUGUGAACGGCAUUGGGCUGGCGAACACAAGCUUAGCUCUGUUCGGCAACCACCUCUUCGCUCUCGGAGAAUCGGAUCUUCCGUACAAGGUGAGAGUGACGGAGACUGGCGACAUCGAAACGGUGGGUCGUUUUGACUUCGAGGGGAAGCUGGCGAUGAGCAUGACAGCGCACCCGAAGAUUGACAGCGAGACCGGAGAGACGUUUGCGUUCCGUUACAGUCCGAUUCCGCCGUUUCUGACGUACUUCUGGUUCGAUAAGGAAGGGAGGAAGCAGGCGGACGUGCCGGUAUUCUCAAUGACGAGGCCGGCGUUCCUGCAUGAUUUUGCGGUGACGAAGAAGUAUGCGUUGUUUGCGGACAUACAGAUUGGGAUGAACCCGCUUGACAUGAUCUCCGGUGGGUCUCCGGUGGGGUCGGAUCCGUCGAAGGUGUCGAGGGUGGGGAUAUUGCCUCGCUAUGCGGUUGACGAGUCUCAGAUCAGGUGGUUGGAUGUGCCGGGAUUCAACCUCAUCCACGCCAUCAACGCAUGGGACGAACCUGACGGAGAAACCAUCACCCUCGUGGCCCCCAACAUUCUCUCCGUCGAGCACACCCUCGAGAGAAUGGACCUCGUCCACGCCAUGGUUGAAAAGCUCACCAUCCAUCUCCCCACCGGCAUCGUCUCCCGCCAGCCCUUAUCCUCUCGCAACCUCGACUUCGCCGUCAUCAACCCUUCCUACGUCGGAAAAAAGAACAACUUCGUCUACGCCGCCGUCGGCGACCCCAUGCCCAAGAUCUCCGGUGUCGUCAAGCUCGACGUCUCCAGGAAGACCAACUGCACUGUCGCCUGCCGGAUGUUUGGCGACGGAUGCUACGCCGGCGAGCCCUUCUUUGUGGCCAGGGAUCCGGAGAACCCUGAGGCGGAGGAGGACGACGGGUACGUGGUGACCUACGUGCACGAUGAAAGGAAGGGAGAGUCGAGGUUCUUGGUGAUGGAUGCAAAGUCACCGGAGCUGGAGGUGGUGGCGGCGGUGAGGCUUCCUCGUCGGGUGCCUUACGGGUUUCACGGGCUGUUCGUGAGGGACACUGACAUAAGGAAAGCGU